AUGCCAAAGUACUCGAGAUUAAUAACAGUUGGCGAGCAUUUGACAAUUUGGGAUUUCAAAUUCAUUCCUUCUCCACCAACAAUAGAAUUCCAACCGGCCAAAUUGAUAAUUAUAAAGAUUAACGUUAUAUUACCAUACACAAAGAUACAAAUUAUUAAUCCUCCAGUAAUCAACCAAAAUACAGGCGAAAUUUUUGUGUGUAACAAAGAUGGAAACUUAACAUGUUACGAUAAGAAUGGCAAAUACGCAGAUACAAUGUUCAAUAAUCUCGACUACGAUCAAUUUGCAUUUGAUUGUUUCCAAGAGACAGGAGAGAUGCUAUCAGUUGAUCCAUCUAAUGGUUUAACUCUAUGGCAUACAAAGAAUGUUGCUAUUGCACAAUAUUCUAUACCUUCCCAAUACAUUGUUUCGAUCAGAUUUAUAAAUGAAGAAUUUGCAAUGAUAUUAACAACUAAUCAGCAAAUAAUUCUUGCAGAUUACAGAACAGGAUUUUCCUAUACAUGUUACACUCCAAAAGAACAAGUUACAAGAUUUUUUGUUUUUAAUUCUCAUCUUUACUUGAUUUGUCGCAACGAAAUCAUUGUUCUUGAGCCAAUUAUGCCUUGGAGACUAUGGACACGUACUUCUAUUCCUCCUGUUUAUGUCAAACGAGUUGAAAAAAGAAAUUCUGCAGCAAGAAUUUUGGUCUUAUGCCAAAAUUGCCAAAUCAGACUCUUGUCACCAAGAAAUGGCCAAAUUAUUACAGCAUUGACACUUUCAAACACUUCUACAGUACAAUCAUUGAUGUACGACCGUGGUUACGAUGACAUUUUACAUGAUAUUUUAUUCAUCAAUUUUUCUGAUGGAAAAACAUCAGUUUAUUCAACAGGACAAUCUCCAUGUAUUGAACAAAGCCAGAUCCACAUGAAAGCCACAUCUACUUUAGUACUAAGAUUGCCUGAUGACAGGCUUGUCUAUGCUAUUGGAACUUCAAUUGGACACGUAAUUCUUUGUGAUUACGAAACAUUAAAACAAAUUGGUCACUUUUUUGUGACAACGAUGCCAAUUACGAAAGUUUUCUAUUACAGGAGAACGAACUCAUUAAUUAUAUUAUCAGCAUAUGAAGUCUUUCUUUUCUCCAUUUACAAUGGAACAAUUGUCCACAAAAUUGAUCUAAAAUCAGGUGAAUUGGCUGAAUUAUUUAAUGACAAUUUAGUUGUUGAUAUUGGAAAUGGUGAAAUGGCAGUGAUUGAUUUACUUAGUAGUUCUAAAUUAGUGAGAAACAAACAGUUUAAUGGCACUAAAUUCCAUCAAGGAAAAAUUACUUCAAUAUCGUGUUCAUCUCAUUUUCUUUUGACUUCUUCUGAAGAUUGCUCCAUCAGAGUUUGGACGAAAUCUCUUUCUCUUUAUGCUGCUUUGGAAUUUCCUGUUCCAAUUACUUGCGUCUGCUUCUUGAAUGGAAAAAGAGACAUCAUUGUUGGUGCCGACGACAACUUGAUGAUUAUUAACAGAAAUCUUUUGUUCGAAAUGAAUGAUGAAGAAGACGAUGUUUAUGACAAUUACGACAAACUAAGAGAUGAAUUGAUGCACGAAACAAUUAGAAUUGUUAUGGAAGAAGAAGAGGAAGAAAUUGAGACAUUACUGAAUAAAACAAAAGAGAGUGAGAAAACGCCAACAAAAAGACAAUCAAUAAGAAGAAGAUUCAUGGACAGAAUGCUGGAAGAAAGAAGAAAAAGAAUGGAAGAAUCGCUGAAGAAAUCAGAACAAUGGGAACCAACACAAAAUGACAUGGAAAAUACUAUUAAUUUCGCUCUCCAAAUGGAAGAAGAAAUAAAGAAGGAAGAAGACAAAAUGAGGAAGGAAGAACAAGCACAAUUAGAAUGGGAAUCAAAGAAGAAGUUGAUGGAAGAAGAAGAAUAUGUUUAUGAUGAAGAAGAUGAAGAUGAAAUUGUUCAAACAAUUCCACAAAAAGCUCCAAUACAAAUUGUUGAAAAUGUUGAAGAGAAAAUUGAAAAACCAGAAGAAAACAAAAUUGAUAAUGAUUUGACAUUAUAUUUAUCUGAUGAUAAUAAUAGUUAUGAUUCUAUUAUGGAAGCAUCUUCAAGGAGAAGUUCCAGAAGGAAUUCAGGAAGAAGCUCUGCUGCAGAUUACGUAAGAAACUCAAUAAGUAGAAUGUCUCAAAAAUCAACAAAUUCAAUUUCAAAUAACAAAAAUUCUGAAAGUAGAAUGUCACAGAAAUCUACAAAUUCUGCAGCAAAUAAUAGAAAAACUGAUAGUAGGAUGUCUCAAAGAUCCAACAACUCUAUUUCUAAUAACAAGGACUCUCCUGAAAGCAGGAAAUCCCAAAAAUCUGUGAAAGAAAAUGUUUUGAAAUCAGUUUCUGAAUCAGAUGAUGAAGUUGAAAAAAUUGAAAAUAAUCCUAAAAUAGAGACAAAAGCAAAGCAUCCAAACAUACCAAGGAUACCAGUAAAACCACCAAAAAUUCCUGAAUCAUCAAAACCAAAGAGAAUCAACAACAACACUCAAGUAAAAUCUGCAAGAAGAUAUAAAGAUGAAAAUAAAGUUGAACAAAAAAUUGACAAAAAUAUUCCAGAAAAACAAGAAGAAAACAACGAAAAAACUGAAGAAGAAAAAUCCACAAUAAGUAAUAAAUCAAUGGAAUCAAUAAAUAGUUCUAAAAAGAGUUUGAAACAGGAAGAAAAACCAAAAGAAGUAGAAGAGAAAACAAUCACAUUAAAUAUAGAAGAAAUAAGAUUCAAACAACUAGUAAACAAAGGCCAAAUAAAAGCGAAGAAAAACAAAAACGAAUCGAAAUAUGAAAUUGUUUCUCAUACACAAAACACUCAACAAAACAAUCAAACUACACAGCAAAACAAUCAAAAGAUAAAACCAAAGAUAGAAACAGUUCCUGAAUUCAGAAACGAUCCAGACAGAUUCGAUUUCGAUCCAUCUAAAACUCCGAAAUACUCAAUGAGAAAUCUGAAACCAAAAGAACCAAAAAUGUCAGAAAAAUCAAAUUAUUCUUCUAAAAAAUUCAGAGCCAAAAAACAGAAAAACACAGAGCUUUACAGGAUUCCAACGUCUCCUGAGAGAGCUCCAAUUGUUAAAGAAAGCAAACGACAAAAUACUCCUGAAGAAAAACAAGUCAGAAUUCCUAAAAAAUACAUUUUGACCACACAGAAAAACAAGUUUUUCUCUCAAAGACAAGAAACUCCACAACCAAAGAAGAGGUUUAAUCCAUUGGGUGUUUACGAGAGACAAACUGCAAGACACAGAAAGAGAGCAUCUACUCCAGUUCCACACAAGUUUGGUAUCUACUUUGAUUACGAUUUUCCUUACAAUGUUAUUUAUGAUGUCGAUAUCAUCAGAGACCAAACAAAGAAUGGAAACCAAAAGUACUCCAUUAUACUCAAAAGAAAAGAAAUAGAAGAUCACGCAAUGAACCCAGAAAAGAACUGUUUCGUACCAGACAAUUACGAAAAGCCUGAAACGAAAUAUAUCAUCAAAGAAGAAGAAAUAGAAGAAUUAGACUUGGAUGAUAUAAUUUCGAGAAUUAGAGAUGUGGAAAUUCUCAGAGAAUAUAGAGAAUCAAAGAGAAAAAAGAAAGCGAAAUCAGUAAAGAAGAGUUUAUUCUCUUCUUUGAUUCCUCUUUCUUUGCAAAGAGGAAGGAUUCCUGCUUUCUCAAAUGCAUUCAAAAGCCCAUUCGCAACAAGGAGAUUUAAUGAAGUUGUUGACAUUAAAUCUCCACAGGAAAAGGGCGUUUUAGUACUUAGAGGAAACAGACUGCAAACUAGUUUACCUAGAUUGUAA